AUGGCAACCCGAAAAGUGCGUUUCUACGCUUCCGUGGCAGAAUUCUUGGAGGAAUACAUAUUCCACAAUGAUGCGUGUGCUAUAUUUCUAGUUGUCUGUUCGACCAGACAUCACUUCCUCGAGAAACUAUUUGUGGCCGUACAGACUCCUACCCGAACGGACGACUCAUGCAAGGAACACGAGCAUGGCAACCACAGGCUGCUCACGAAUACCAUUGGUUCGCUUGCUAAAUCCAGCAGGAUCAAAUUAGUAUUCUGCCCGACUGUGGAGAGUCUCCGUGCUUAUAUCUCGGGCUCCCAUAUGACCUUUCCCAGUGAAAUGACGACUUCAAUAGUACAGCGCGACAGCCGGCCGGUUCUUGCAAUUCUGGACCUGCUCGCUCUUCAUCAUAAGACCCCGGAAUUCUCUGCCCAGGGAUUAUCGAGAACACUUGCCAGUCUGGUUGAGGCUGCCGCUCGGGAGACUGCGGACCUUGUGCUUAGUGAAUGCGCAGAUGUCACAUAUCACGCGGACGGGGAAACUGGCCAGGCACUAUGGCACGCGGAUGUACCGUUGCUGCGAGGCCUCGUCCAAACUGGGGAAGGAGAUGACAACACGUGCAUGGGGCCAGGUGUGCCUGUGAGACGGGUUGUGCGGAGGUGGUUUGAUUUCGAUGAGAACAGCCGGAUUAAGACGAUAUCUACAGACGUCUAG